CUCUUUGUUCAUGUGUUUAUACCAAGAUGGAGAAUAUUCACGUUCAUAAUAGUAAUAAUAAUCAUCAUCAUCAUGCAAGUGCUGAAGAGACUAUUCUUGAGAAUGUUUGGGCUAAGAUUACAAGCAAUGAUGAUGGAAGAACAAAAGGAAAUGAAGGUGAAUGUUCUAACACAUGGGAAGAUUUGCCUAAUCUUGGUGAAAGAGAUAAUGGAUCCGUUGAAAUUCUUCAAAGACUACCGAGUUUAGGAAGAUGGAUAUCAAUGGGAGCUGAUUUCUGGGAAGAGGUGUUAAGCAAUGGAGAAGAUUUUUCUAGCAACAAAAGCACGGAAAAAAGUGAAAGUGCUAAUAAAUCAAAGAAAAAAGUAGAAGAUGUUGUGGUGAGAAAAGAGAGAAAAAGAGAUGAAAAACAUUAUAGAGGAGUGAGGAGAAGGCCAUGGGGUAAAUAUGCAGCUGAGAUAAGGGAUUCUUCGAAGAAAGGUGCGAGAGUUUGGCUUGGUACAUUUGAUAAAGCUGAGGAAGCUGCUUUAGCUUAUGAUAAAGCAGCUUUGAGAAUUAGAGGGUCAAAAGCAUGUCUUAACUUCCCAGUAGAGAGAGUUACUAAUAUGAAUACAAAUGCUUUAGGGUGUGGUGUGAAAGGAAUUGAUGGUGUUGCAAACAGUGAAAGGUUAUUGGAUUCUAGGAAGAGAGGAUUUGUUGAUGUGAUGAAUAUUGAAGAACCUGCAAGAAAAAAGAUGGUAGAGUUGGAAGAAAUGUUGGAGAAUGAUGUUUUUGUGUUUCAGGACUUGGGAGUUGAUUACUUGGACAGUUUGUUGUCUUCAUUUUGACAGAAAAUAAGUUAUGUUAUUAGUUUGUCUUAAGUGCUAGAAAUAUUUUAGCAAUUCAUUUAUUUAUUGCGUAUAUUUGUGUAUUUUGUUAUAUUUGUUAUCAAACUGAGAAAUUGAUGUAAACUUAGUUUGAUCUGGUUAAUAAGGUUUCAGUUCACAUUCUACAAAGAUAUGAGUUUAAAUUCUGAUGGAUAGAGGAUAUGAGAACUAUUCAUACUUCCAUGGAAACUAAAUUGAAAACUGCAAUUAUGAUUCAUGAUUACAUGUCAAACUAAUGAAGCCUGAGCCAUCGAUGGAUCUGUUAAAGCAUUUCUAUCAACAUUGAGGACUAUGGUAUCAUCAUGGACGAGCUUACAGUCCACAUCUCUUAAAGGGUGAUCUGAGAACCAUAGGACACACCACCAUAGACUUGCUUGUUGGAAUUAAGGUUGUUUUCUGUGUGUAGGGCAAGUGUUUAGAAAUAUUGGAGGCUUGAAUAAAAAUUUGAUAGGUAGGAGAAUUUUUUAUGGAAGAAAGAACUUUGUAUUUUACUUGAUGCAAAUGUGUGACAUUACAUCUCUAUUUAUAGUACUCUAAGGAGAACUCUAGACUAAUUAAUUCUAGAGAGUUCUCAAUCCUAGAAAUUCAAAGAGUAUUCUAGAGAAUAUUACAAUAAUAAGAAAAAUCUAGACUCUCCAAAUACUGAAAGAAUUCUCUAGAAA